AAUUCCUCUGAGAGCCACAAUUGUGCCAAAAGCAUCUUGACCUCAGACAGGCUGCAGAUAGUUGUGACCCUUUCAGAGUUCUUUAAUGAAACCUGGGAGGCAGCCAACUGUGCAAAUUGUUUAAAGAACAGCAGUGAGGGAUUGUCAAAUUCUACUGUAGAAUUCUUGGAUUUAUUCAAUAAAUCUCUGACAUGUUUUGAACAUAACCUUCAGGGACAAACCACCUAUCUGUCACCAAAUAACUACACAGAAGUGUGUAAAAACUGCAAUGAAACCUACAAAAUGUUGAAUGACCUGUAUAACGACUUGCAAAGGCUGAACAGGCAAGGUGGUGAGUCCGGGCACUCCGCGCACUUGUGUAUCGAUGUGGAAGAUGCAAUGAACAUCACUCGGAAGCUUUGGAGCAGGACUUUCAACUGUUCUGUUCCCUGCAGUGAUACAGUCCCAGUGAUUGCAGUUUCAUCCUUUAUUCUCUUCCUACCUAUUGUUUUUUAUCUUAGUAGCUUCCUCCACUCAAAGCAGAAGAAACGGAUACUCAUUUUGCCCAAGCGCAUCCAGUCAAAUGCCAGUCUUGUGAACAUCCAAGAAAAAUACAGCUGAGCUUCAAAACAAAACCUGAGAACUGCUGCUGGUAUACAGUGGGUACAAUUGUGUUGGAAUGAGGCCGGCACAAAAGAGGAGUUAAUUAUGGUUUAGUAUAAUGAUACAGAGCGACACAAGUUAAACAAAAUGCAGUCUGACUUCUAAGCGAGGAUAUUAACAAACAUGACAAGGCAGGGCUGUGUGACACUGUAUGGACUCUGGUUUGGAAAAAUCUGUGGGUUCUUUCAGUCUCA